UAUUAAAUGUUAGUUUCUUCAAAGUGCCAUCUAGCAUUAAGAAGUCACCUUUCAAUCUUUUGAAGCAGACGUUUGUAUCAUUUAGAGGUUAAGUGUAUAAAAGAAUUUUGUUUGUGUUUACAUAAGUGGAUCAACAAAAAGUUAGAAUGGCAGGUCCAUCGGUUUCGUUAUCAACGAGAAACAAAAAACAUUUUUUGGGUGUUCCGGCACCUUUAGGAUAUGUUGCUGGUGUUGGAAGAGGAGCCACUGGAUUUACAACUAGAUCUGAUAUCGGUCCAGCUCGUGAUGCUAACGAUGUUUCGGAUGAUAGACAUGCUCCACCAACAAAAAGAACAAAGAAAAAGGAAGAAGAAGAAGAAGAUGAAGAGGAUUUGAAUGAUUCUAAUUAUGAUGAAUUUUCUGGAUAUGGAGGAUCUUUGUUCAGUAAAGAUCCAUAUGAUAAAGACGAUGAAGAAGCUGAUGCUAUUUAUGAGGCAAUUGACAAACGAAUGGAUGAAAAGCGUAAAGAAUACAGAGAGAAAAGGCUUAGAGAAGAGUUAGAAAGGUAUCGUCAAGAACGUCCUAAAAUACAACAACAGUUUUCUGACUUGAAAAGGGAAUUAGUAAAUGUAGCCGAGGAAGAAUGGAAAAAUGUUCCAGAAGUCGGUGACGCUAGAAAUCGAAAGCAACGAAACCCACGGGCGGAAAAAUUUACACCAUUACCGGAUUCCGUCCUUGCACGAAAUUUAGGAGGAGAAACAUCAACCAGUAUAGAUCCAUCAAGUGGUUUGGCAUCAAUGAUGCCUGGUGUAGCAACACCCGGAAUGUUAACACCAACAGGAGACUUAGAUUUAAGAAAAAUUGGACAGGCUAGAAAUACUUUAAUGAAUGUCAAGUUGAAUCAGGUUUCUGAUUCUGUAGAAGGGCAAACUGUUGUUGAUCCUAAGGGUUAUCUCACAGAUUUGCAAAGUAUGAUACCAACAUAUGGUGGUGAUAUCAAUGAUAUCAAGAAAGCUAGGUUGUUACUAAAAUCUGUAAGGGAGACAAAUCCUAAUCAUCCACCAGCAUGGAUCGCUUCUGCUCGUUUAGAGGAAGUCACCGGGAAAGUGCAAGCUGCACGGAAUUUAAUAAUGAAAGGCUGUGAAGUGAACCCUACGUCGGAAGAUUUAUGGUUAGAAGCGGCUAGGCUGCAGCCACCAGAUACAGCUAAAGCUGUAAUUGCGCAAUCUGUACGACACAUACCAACGUCUGUUAGAAUUUGGAUAAAAGCGGCGGAUUUGGAAACAGAAACAAAAGCGAAAAGAAGAGUAUAUCGCAAAGCAUUAGAGCAUAUUCCAAAUUCAGUGAGAUUAUGGAAAGCUGCAGUGGAAUUAGAAGAACCAGAAGACGCACGAAUUUUGCUCAGUCGAGCAGUCGAGUGCUGUCCAACCAGUGUAGAUCUAUGGCUUGCUCUUGCUCGAUUGGAAACUUAUGAUAAUGCUAGGAAAGUUCUUAACAAAGCAAGAGAAAAUAUUCCAACAGAUAGACAAAUCUGGACAACAGCCGCAAAAUUGGAAGAAGCGAACGGGAAUAAACAUAUGGUAGAGAAAAUUAUCGAUCGUGCGAUAUCUUCUUUGAGCGCGAACGGAGUGGAAAUUAAUAGAGAACACUGGUUUAAAGAAGCUAUGGAGGCUGAAAAAGCUGGAGCAGUACAUACAUGUCAAGUUAUUGUUAAAGCAAUUAUUGGUUUCGGAGUGGAAGAAGAAGACAGGAAACAUACGUGGAUGGAAGACGCAGAAACCUGCGCUCAACAAGGGGCACUGGAAUGUGCUAGAGCAGUCUACGCUUAUGCGUUAUCGACAUUCCCUAGUAAGAAGUCUAUUUGGUUACGUGCAGCUUACUUUGAGAAAACUUAUGGAACGCGAGAGUCUUUAGAAUCUUUGCUUCAAAGAGCAGUUGCUCACUGUCCAAAGAGUGAAGUACUUUGGCUCAUGGGCGCAAAAUCGAAGUGGUUGGCUGGUGAUGUUCCAGCAGCAAGAGGUAUUUUAUCACUUGCGUUUCAAGCAAAUCCAAAUUCGGAGGAGAUUUGGUUAGCAGCUGUGAAGCUAGAAUCAGAAAAUUCUGAAUACGAAAGAGCUAGACGGUUGCUCGCGAAAGCAAGAGCAUCUGCACCAACUCCUAGAGUUAUGAUGAAAAGCGCAAAAUUAGAAUGGGCUUUGAAUAAUCUCGACGCAGCCUUAUUGCUUCUGAAAGAAGCUCUAGAAGCAUUCGAUGAUUUCCCGAAACUAUGGCUAAUGAAAGGGCAGAUCGAAGAACAGCAAGGAAACUUGGACAAAGCUUUGGAAACAUACAAUCAAGCUAUAAAAAAAUGUCCCAAUUCUAUUCCACUAUGGCGUUUGUUAGCACAAUUAGAGCACAGAAAGGGUCAAGUUACUAAAGCUAGGUCAGUUCUGGAGAAGGCUCGCCUAAAAAAUCCGAAGAACCCAGAGCUUUGGUUAGAAGCCAUCAGAAAUGAAUUAAAAACUGGUGGUGUUAGAGAUAUGGCAAAUACGCUUAUGGCAAAAGCACUUCAAGAAUGUCCAACGUCUGGUUUACUUUGGGCAGAGGCAAUUUUUAUGGAACCUCGACCACAGAGGAAAACUAAAAGCGUUGAUGCUUUGAAAAAGUGCGAGCAUGAUCCACACGUGCUUCUUGCAGUAUCUAAAUUAUUCUGGUGUGAACAUAAAAUUUCGAAGUGUCGUGACUGGUUCAAUCGAACAGUGAAGAUAGAUCCAGAUUUGGGAGACGCGUGGGCAUAUUUCUACAAAUUUGAGCUUUUAAACGGUACAGAAGAGCAACAAGAAGAUGUAAAGAAAAGAUGCAUUGCUGCAGAACCCCAUCAUGGUGAAAAUUGGUGUAAAGUAUCAAAGAAUAUAGCGAACUGGUGUUUGAAUACUGAUCAAAUUUUAGUAUUAGUUGCAAAAGAUUUACCAAUUCCAAUAUAAUUAAUUAAGUAAUAUAGGUAAAUAUUGUAUAUAUCUAUUUUUUAAAAAUUAACUAUUAAUUAUAACAAUAGAAUGAAUAACAUCCUAUAUAUGCAAACUCCUUUAAAAUUUAUAUAUAUAUAUAUAUAUGUACUUUUAAUUUAAUUUAAAUAACCAAAAGAUUCAAAAUCAUUUUCGUUUUGAAUGUUUUUAAAGUACAUAUGUAUUUUAUUAUGCUUAGUAUGACUAGUAAUGCAUACUGCUAUUCUGCAUAUCGUCUAUGGCUUAUUUUACUCUAUAGUUAAAACAGUUUCGAACUAUUAAUUAAGAAAUUCAAUUCAUAAGAAAUAAUAAAAUUUAUAUGAUAUUUUUCAGUUU